CAUAAUAUCAAUUUAGCAAAACGACAACUAUCAUUGAGUCCAUAAAAGGCAAAACGACACUUUCUUCAUCUUUCCCGUUUCUUUCCAACUUUCCAGUUUCUCUCUGCUUCCCCUUUCUAUUUUUCUUCUUCCUCCAUUCACCCACUAUCCGCCGGACUACUCCAAGGCCGAGCCGCCCCCACCGCCGUCUCCGUCCACCCCCACUAAAUCAUGCAACCUGAUUAUGUAUGGAGCAGGUGACUGUUAAACCUCUACUUGUGCCGUGGUAAGAGUAGGUUUUAUGAUAAUUUAAUGAUUUUACAACAAGUCAUGCUCUAGAAGACUAGAACCGUACUACUUAGAAAUAAAAGCUUAGAGACUGUACUGAAACAUGAUCAAAAAUAAAAAUUUGAUUUGUUGAUAACCAUAUCAUAUGAGCUUGUGGAGAUAGUUGUACUGAAAUUUAAAACGAACAUUCAAAAUUGGAAUAGCUCUUAAUUAAAUUAGGGGAUCCUUGCUUGCUAUUCUCUGCAUAUUGUGCAGUUUCACCAUCGGGCCCCAGGCUCUCUUGUUGUAAUUAGAUAGAGGAUGCUCAGGUUCCAGAGCAAUUAAGUAGCAAGAAAAUAACAGAGGUGGGGCUGCAACAGUCAAAUCCUUUGUCCCAAGACACACACAGAUCCUGCCGUUAUAGCUUCAAUCUUUGUAAACUUUGAUAUACAUUAUCUGGCAGCAAAUUUGUUAUUUUUGGCUGCCAAUGAGUAUACCUCAGAGCAGGAGGAUUGUUUCUCCAUUGAUGAAUCUGAUCAGACUAAAAGGAUUUCCUAUUUUACGGCAACUUCAUAUAGAAGAGCAGCUGCUACGAACCUCAUCAGAAAAUUGGUGCAUUUUGAAUGAUGGAACCAAUGACCGUGCUAUAGUUAUGGGUGUUUCUGGGGUACCUGCAGAGCUUCUUGAAAUUGAUUCUGUGUUACAAGAUGAGAUUCCUGUAAUCAGAAGGUUUACUGGAGGUGGUACAGUUGUUGUUGACAGUGGUACAAUAUUUGUCACAUUGAUAUGCAACAAGGAUGCUGUGGCUGGCUUGCAACCGUAUCCCAGGCCUAUUAUGUCCUGGAGUGGCCAUGUCUACUCCAGGGUGUUUCAAGGGAUUGGUGAUUUCCAUCUUCAUGAAAAUGAUUAUGUAUUUGGCAAUUGCAAGUUUGGUGGGAAUGCUCAAUCUAUUACUAAGAAUCGGUGGAUCCAUCACACAUCAUUUUUAUGGGACUAUGAUGUCAGGAAUAUGGCCUAUCUGAAACACCCAAAACGAGUUCCAGAAUAUCGACUGGCUAGGAAUCAUUUGGAAUUUAUAUGCCGCAUGAAGGACUAUAUGCCAAGGGAAGCGUUCAUGGAAAAAACUGUCGAGGCACUCAAAUCAGAUUUUUCCUUGAGAACCAUAGAGCUUGAUGCCUUGGACUCUUUCUCAGAUACGAAAUUUUGUCCAUCAACUAAGCUAUUGUUGAGGCAUGAAUUGGAGAGAGCAGCUUUGCAUCGUAGGUGACAUGUCUCUCUUAUUAUUUCAGUUUUGAUUUUUCUCGUAUUAAUUUAUGAGGGAGGUGCUUUUCGGUGAUGCAGUCCCUAAUUUUAGCAACUUUUUUUUUUUUUUUUUUGAGUUCAAUUUAAUAUGAAUUGUGAAAUUAAAUUGUAUACUAUAUUUAACAUUUUUAACGUUUUUGAUGAGUAACAUGAAUAAUUGUGUUU